CUUGCGGCUCCGUUCAAAGUUCCCUUCCCCGACAAGCCGCAGCAGUGUUUGCCACCGUUGGCCCUAGACCUUCCCCCUUCCAGUUACCCUAGCCGGCUGCGUUCACUGCUAUUAGAAUCGAAGAUAAAUCCAAAUACUGCAUAUCAAAAACAGCAGGACACCCUGAUUGUUUGGUCGGAAGCAGAAAACUAUGAUUUAGCACUGAGUUUUCAAGAAAAAGCUGGCUGUGAUGAAAUUUGGGAAAAAAUCUGCCAGGUUCAAGGUAAGGAUCCUUCAGUGGAAGUCACACAGGACCUUAUUGAGUCAGAAGAGGAACACAUAGAAGAAAUGCCUGAAACUAGUCCUUUGAUCGACCUUCCUACUUGUGAACUCAACAAACUUGAAGAGAUUGCUGACCUAGUUACCUCUGUUCUCUCCUCACCCAUCCGUAGAGAAAAGCUAGCGCUGGCCUUGGAGAAUGAAGGCUAUAUUAAAAAACUAUUACAGCUUUUCCAAGUCUGCGAGAACUUAGAGAACACUGAAGGCUUACAUCAUUUGUAUGAAAUUAUUAGAGGAAUUUUGUUCCUCAACAAAGCAACUCUGUUUGAGGUGAUGUUUUCUGAUGAGUGUAUUAUGGAUGUUGUUGGAUGCCUUGAGUAUGAUCCUUCUUUGGCUCAGCCAAAACGGCACAGGGAGUUCUUGACCAAAACAGCAAAGUUUAAGGAGGUUAUUCCUAUAACAGACUCUGAACUCAGGCAAAAAAUCCACCAGACUUACAGGGUACAGUAUAUUCAGGACAUCAUCUUGCCGACACCAUCUGUUUUUGAAGAGAAUUUUCUUUCUACCCUCACUUCCUUUAUUUUCUUCAACAAAGUUGAGAUUGUCAGUAUGUUGCAGGAAGAUGAGAAAUUUUUGUCUGAAGUUUUUGCACAAUUAACAGAUGAAGCUACGGAUGAUGACAAACGAUGUGAAUUGGUUAACUUUUUCAAAGAAUUCUGCGCAUUUUCUCAGACGUUACAACCUCAGAACAGAGAUGCAUUUUUCAAAACAUUGGCAAAGUUGGGAAUUCUUCCGGCUCUUGAAAUUGUAAUGGGAAUGGAUGAUCUGCAAGUUAGAUCUGCUGCUACAGAUAUAUUUUCUUAUCUAGUAGAGUUUAGUCCAUCCAUGGUCCGAGAAUUUGUAAUGCAGGAGGCCCAGCAGAGUGACGAUGAUAUCCUCCUCAUCAAUGUGGUCAUUGAGCAGAUGAUCUGCGAUACUGAUCCUGAACUUGGGGGAGCUGUUCAGUUAAUGGGGCUCUUGCGUACUCUGAUAGAUCCAGAGAAUAUGUUGGCCACAGCUAAUAAAACAGAAAAAAGUGAAUUUCUUAAUUUCUUCUACAACCAUUGUAUGCACGUUCUUACUGCACCGCUUCUGGCUAAUACAUCAGAAGAUAAAUGUGAAAAAGAUGCAGUAGUUGGGUCCACUAAGAGUAAUACAAUUUGUCCUGAUAAUUAUCAAACGGCACAACUACUUGCCUUAAUUUUGGAGCUGCUUACUUUUUGUGUGGAACACCACACGUAUCACAUCAAGAAUUACAUUAUGAACAAAGAUUUGCUAAGAAGAGUUCUGGUCUUGAUGAAUUCAAAGCACACAUUUCUGGCCUUGUGUGCUCUUCGCUUUAUGAGGAGGAUAAUUGGCCUAAAAGAUGAAUUUUAUAACCGGUAUAUCACCAAGGGAAACCUGUUUGAACCAGUUAUAAAUGCUCUCUUGGAUAAUGGAACAAGGUACAAUCUGCUCAACUCUGCUGUGAUUGAACUGUUUGAAUUCAUCAGAGUGGAAGAUAUUAAGUCCCUUAUUGCACAUAUAGUUGAAAACUUUUACAAUGCACUUGAAUCUAUCGAGUAUGUUCAGACAUUCAAGGGACUGAAGACGAAAUACGAGCAAGAAAAAGACCGACAAAACCAGAAACUGAACAGUGUUCCAUCUAUAUUGCGUAGCAAUAGAUUUCGCAGAGAUGCAAGAGCCUUAGAGGAGGAUGAAGAAAUGUGGUUCAAUGAAGACGAAGAAGAAGAAGGUGAAGCUGUUGUGCCUCCAGUUGAGAAGUCAAAACAGGAGGAUGAUUUUCCAGAUAGCUAUGAAAAAUUUAUGGAAACUAAAAAAGCUAAGGAGAGUGAAGACAAAGAGAAUCUUCCAAAAAGGACUUCAGCUGGGGGAUUCAAAUUCACUUUUUCCCACUCAGCCAGCGCAGCCAAUGGUGCAAAUGGUGCAAACAGUAAAUCCGUGGCAGCUCAGACGUCACCAGCAAGCUCCAACGGCUCCUCUUCAAAGAACACAACCCUGACCACAGCAGUGACAGCCACGAAGGGAAGUCUAGUUGGCCUAGUGGAUUAUCCUGACGAUGAAGAUGAUGAUGAAGAGGAGGAGACAUCUCCACGGAAAAGACCUCGUCUGGGUUCAUAAAUGAAACCAAAACUUUGGAAUAAAAACUUUUAUUAUGGGGUUUCAAAUGCUGCAACUGUUUUAAGAGCUAAAAAGAAUCUGAUUCAGAAAGCUUUCUCCCAUGAGUAUAUAAGAUAAAUACAAGGAGUAGCAAAAGAAACUCAGUGUAUCAGCUAGAAAGGGUUAGUUCUGUAAACACAAAGCUUCCAAGGAACUUAAUGUCUUUCUAGUAAAUAAGGAGUCUGCCAUUCAGGCUGUCAAAAAAAAAAAAAAAAA